CAAAUAAAGUUAGCUUUGUAAAUCAAAUCUCAUGCUUAUCAAAACUCGAAGGCUUCCAAGGUUCACCAAACGGUCCUCCACGGAACGUCUUGUCGAAUCAAAAGCCACCCCUGCACAGCUGCGCCAACACCAUGUAGACUGAAACCAGGGUGAACUGCACAUGGGCAACCUAUAGGGGUCAGUCUAACAAAACUGCAUGACGUGUUCCCUAAGCGCCUUAGCCCUGGGGGCCGAAGACCGAUGGCCCGUUUCCUCAUAUCGAGGAGCUCGCCCUCCUUGUAAGAACUGCCCCUCACGCAUCAAUCAAAACUUCAAAAGGAAACAAAAACAUCACAAACAAGACAUCAUGACCAGCAGAUGUGCAGCGAAGAACGCGGUUAUCGGGAUUGCGAAGGAAUACGGAUUCAUCCAUCCUAGCUCCCUUGACGAAAUUGAACGAAUAAAUCCAGAGCUUCGGCGCGAAAUCGAAGAGAGCAUGUUAGCCAAGGACAAAAAGAUAGCGCAUUCAAUCAAAACACUCGCCAAAAAUAUCUACACCAGCAACGCUCGUUUCGUUUUCGAGCUCCUUCAGAAUGCGGAUGACAAUCGGUUCACACGAGCGGCUGGAAGAAAUGAACUGCCUUUCAUUGCUUUCAAAGUGUAUCCCGACAGAAUUAUCCUUGAAUGCAACGAAGAUGGAUUUACGAAGGAGAAUCUGUCAGCUAUCUGCUCGGUUGGGGAGAGCACCAAAGCGGCAUCACACGGCUAUAUUGGAGCGAAGGGCAUCGGGUUCAAAUCGGUGUUCAUCGCGGCUUGGAAAGUCGAUAUCCAAUCUGGCAAUUAUACCUUUCAUUUCAAGCAUGAGAAGGGCGAUCUUGGUCUUGGAAUGGUGUUACCCGUGUGGCAGGAUUCUGAUGUGGUAUUGCCAGAUCCGUUGACUCGCAUAACCCUUCACCUUCACCAGAACGGGGAGGCAGAAGAAAUCGAACAUCUUCACCGAACUAUAUUCAAGCAACUCAAUGACUUGGAGCAGACCUGCCUUCUCUUUCUGAGGAACCUGAAGGAGAUACGGGUGUCGUUCUGUGAUGGAGAUGGUGAAUUGCAGAGCUCCAAAAAGUUUUACUCGGAGAACGAUUCUCUGAGUAAGGUUUUUCUCAUGUCUGAGUCAAUUGACGAGAAUGGUGAUAAUUCUAUCGAGAGGAAGGGCUAUUAUGUCACUCGUUACAUGGCAACCGGGCUUCCGAGAAGCGACAAUCGCGAACUCCCAGACACCGCUGAAGCGAGGCGAUUUUCUUCUGAGGCUGAAAUCGUGCUCGCGUUUCCCCUGACGGGCGAUAACAAGCCACUUCUUGAGCCACAAUCGGUUUUUGCCUUUCUACCUGUCAGAGAAACCAAUUUCAAGUUUCUGAUACAAUCUGACUUUGACACGAGUGCAAGUCGGCAAGAUAUCUCCACAACAUCAAGACGAAACAUUGAACUUCUGAAUCACGUUGCCUUGGCAUUUGUGCAGGCGACCGCGGGAUUCUGCUAUGACUCCGACUUAGGCUAUACGUGGCCAAUGUAUCUUCCGUCGCCAGACGAUGCAGAUGGCACUUUUUGGGCCAAACUUCAUUCCAAGAUUGCGAAGAGACUGGCCAUACAGCCGGCUCUAAUGACUCGGCAUGGUCAUCUUCGGAAGAUAAACGAUGUGGUGGUUCUGUUGAAAAGGUUUAUGGAUAGCGAUGGAAACCCCCUGUUUGACGACUCAGACAUCGACCCUUUCCUCUCCAGUCACUACCCGUAUGAGUCUAGGAAAGCCCUUCUUCAUUACGGUCUGAAGCACAUGUCUUACGCUUUAGUUCUCCGCAUGUUGUACAAAGAUCUUAAAAGUGCUGUGUCCCGGAUUAAAUCGAAGUCCACGAGUGAGGAUAGCCACAGCCGCAUCGCAAAGCUCCUAUCUCGAUAUGCGGAAACAUGGGAUACGGAGUCUCUGGUACUACUCGCUCUCCUUCCUCUGCGAAGCGGUCACUGGGUUUCAGCCAAUUCCGGCUCUGUUUACUUCCCAACAACAAACGGUAUUUCCAUCCCUCCAGGCCUGGAUCUUCGGAUUUUGGAUCCAACUGCCGCUGCCAAUAAAAGCCGCAGAUCUCUUUUUUCAAUUUUGGGGGUUACCGACCCAUCGGUCAUACAAGUGCGGGAUUCGGUUCUGAAAAAGAGCUGCUCCACUGCUGAGCAUCCGGGCAUGGGCGAAUCAAGGGCGCACUUGCACUUUUUGUACCUCACCCACCAGUCCAAGCACAGCAGAGAUGAGCUGCGAAACAUUUUCAUCUACUUCCAUGAUGGUUGCAUUAGAAGGCCGCACCAAGAAGACUGCUAUCUACCAUCAGACCACCCCUAUGGGCCAGAAGCCCUCCUAGGGGCUGCGGAUAACUUGCGAGACAUCGGCGUAUCUUUCGUCCAUCCGACAUACCUCGAAGACGUCCCGGAGACGCCAAGCUCAGGUCAUCCCUCGUGGAAUAAAUGGCUACAAGACAACAUUGGGAUAAGGAAAAAACUGAGACUCAUCGCCCGAGACGGAAAACGUCUCUCCUCUGCCUGGGAUAUCGUGGCCAAAUUCCGGCCAGAGAAGCUCCUCGGGCUUUUGCAACACCUUUGGAGCUCCGAAGGUAGAACUGUAAUCGGAAAUUAUGCUUUGAAACAGAUUAUUCGAGAAACGGACGCAAAACGGCUCUGUGGCAUCGAACUUUCUGGACAAUGCCAGCUUGAUCAGACAUACCUCCCAUUGCCCAACCUUCUCCAGCAGUGUUCGCGUUUUAUGAAAUCAAACGAGAGGUUUCCAUUCCUGGAACUCGAGGGAAUGGUGUCUGUGGAGCAGCUAAGUUCAAAGUGGAAUUUUCUCCAUACCGAACUUUGCGUCAAAAAAGAUGAAAAUGUCGAGUUUUUACUCGACAUCCUGAAAUGGCUCAAAGAGGCAAACCCUGUCGCCUCUUCGAUCGAAGAAUAUGAACGCAUCUCCAGACUUUACGGUGCAAUCAAUGCGAAGUACCUUGGCGCCGAGAGCAAGCUGGACAUGAGGGACUGCAUAAUGUCUUUUUUUCGGCGCAGCGACUACAUUUUUGUUCCCAAGCUUGAUGACGAUUUAGCGACCUGGGCUAGUCCUGAGAAAUGUUUGUGGGAAGGACCGCUAAAUAUGAUUACCAAAUUUCCACUUCAGCAUAUCUAUGAACAAUUUGUUGCUGAAGAUCAGCUAUUUCAUCUUUCAAACUUCUUCAAGCAUGCCUUGGACAUCACAGCAGCUUCUUGGUCUGACUUGACGGAUGAAUUGGCAGCGCGAAGAGAUAAAGGCUUCCAGGAUUUCGCUCCAAUUUUCGAUCUUUACAAGUAUCUCCAUGAUAUGAACAUUUUUGCCUUUGUUGAUAAUAUACGGCACACAUUCGAAGCCAAUCCUCUGAUUUUUGUGACCAGAGAUGGUCAGUCUGGUUGGUACAAGACAUCUGAGUGCUUGUGGUCAAGCACUACAAUGAUACGUGGGAAGGUCACGCUCAAUGACCAUUAUGAGGACCUGGAAGAUUUCUUCAUUGACACUUUGGGGGUCAAAACUCUAACUCUUCAGAUAGUCUAUGACGACCUGCUGGAGACAAGCGCGCAAGCAACGAUAAACGAGACAAAAUGCAAGAUCUUCUCUCUCAACGCACUUCUCCACACAGAGGAUGAUUACGUUGAUCCCAAGCCACUGUUAAAAAAGUUGGUAUUUCCCGUUGUCUACCCUGAUGGCACAAAGGCUCUUCGGUCCGCGGAUACCCAGUUUGCGAUUACCGAUCGGGAACACUUAGCAUCACGGUUCCGAGGAAAAAUUAGGAUUCUUGACUUUAGCCAGGAAGAAGUUCGUCAUCUGAAGGCCUUUUUCGAGUGGGCCAAUCUCUCGCACCGCUACUUUUCCGCUUCCGUUAAGGAAUUGACAUCUCUCUCUGGCGAGACAACACGGCUAAACCCAUCGCCCAAUCGAGAUUUGAAACGAAAGGCAUAUGCCAUUCUCCGUAUCGCGGGUACAUUCAAUAGCCCCAGGUAUCAAGCCAAUCCACUGGAGCUUUACAAGUUACUUCGGACGGCUAGUAUCGAAGCAACAGAUGGCAUUGUAUCAAUCCUGCGCAUCUCUCAAGAUGGCAAAGUGGCCGAUGUGGAAGAAUUGAUUGGGAAGUUACACAUUAGCGAAGAAGCGUCUCGCCUCACUAUCUACGUCCCCAGGGAUAAGAAGGCGCAAGAACUUUGCUUUUGUGAUCUUUUACCCAGGCAGCUAGUCGAUUGGCUCAUGCGAGAUCCCACAACACAAAUCCUUGACAAGAUCGAAAGUGACGCAGUGAAUGUGAUGACCAUGAUCUUGAGCAUUGAUCCUUCCGCUACCGAUCUGGUUCUGGAACGUCAGGCUGUCAUCGAAGUUGAUAUACCAAACGAUGAUUCCGACGUCAACGACGAAAUACCUCCUGAACGUUCACAGAGUCCUGAUACAACAACCAGUGAAGAUCCCACACAGCUAAGGGAUGCUGACAUCCCAACUUCUAGUCAGCAUCUCCUAUUCGCGAGGGAUACUCCAGAGCAAGUAACUGUUCGGCAAACCCAAAUGGCGUUCCAUUCGCCCACCCCCAGUCGGGGUCGCCCAAUACCGAUGUACUCACCCCAUGGAUAUUCGUCCGAGGACAACAUACAGUAUCGGAGACUCCUCGAUAAGGUGCUAGUGGCCGCACGAAGAGCCGUGUUUCCCUCGAGUGGGACAUUCAACAUGAGCGAGAUAAAUGAAGCACUACCAGGAGAGGAAGGCCGCCGCCAAUUUGAUGGCUUCGAUGGUCCUGACGUGAGGGGUGCAUUUCACUCAGACAGCCAGCUUGAAAGAGACCGGAAGAUCGGGGCUGCGGGAGAGCUUUAUGUCUUCGAGCUUCUCACCAGACUGGACCCAUCUCUAACUGACUGGAGUGAUCGAAACUGGCAGAGCACAAUUCGCCGAUAUGUCACGAUUCACCCAGACUACGCCGACAUGGAGCCCUGGUACGGGAGGGAGACGGCAGAUAUUACUUAUGACGAUAGAAGAGGCGAUUUCACAGCCUUGCUUAUUGAUCAUGGGUACCUUGACGCCGACGAAUGGGAGGACAAGCGUCCGAAAUAUUUCAUUGAAGUCAAGACAACGACAGGGCCUCUGGGUACUCCCUUCUAUAUGAGCAAGCAUCAGUAUGAGCGAAUGAGGGUAAUGCACAACAGGGAUGGUUAUUCGAAGGUGUAUUUGAUUCUCCGCGUGUUUAAUAUCCGUGGGGACAAUCUUGGAAUGAGUGUGUAUUUCGACCCGGAACAGCUAAGGCUGGAUGGGGGACUGGUAUUUACUGGCGAGACUUGGUCGGUCGUUCCUGGCUAGUGGGGCCAACUUUAAAGCAUAGACAGACAUAGAUAGACAUAGACAGACAUAGACAGAAUUGCGAGCCUCAACCUUGCUCUAGCCACCGAAGGGCUCACGGCAUGUGCUGGCUUGGUUUCUCCGAGUCCUGCACGCUUGACCUGGCCGUGGCUUGGAUUGUACUAGCAGGCAACAGAGGGUAAACAGGUCUCGCGGUUCUUUCGUUGGACAGGAAAGGCAGGCAAUGAAUGGGUCGGAAGGGAUACUUCGACGGUAUGGCGGACGAUAGGGGUCUUAUGGCCAAAAGUCGUAAAGGGUGUAAAUGACUUAACACCACGCAUUUUUCAUUAAUGUAACGCAGUGCAUAAUCUAUAACUACAAGGCAUACGACGCUUAUCUAAUAUAUAUGCAUUCCCC